CGCGCCGUCCCGGCCGUGCUUUGUUGUCUCGGCCGCCACCGAGUCCUGGCCGCAGCAGCGCGGGCCCAACGGGCAGGAUGUCUCAGGAGAGCCUCCUCGGGAUGGACGAGGGAGCGCUGCGGAAGCUGCUGGAGGCCACACUGGACCUGGCUGAGCGGCGCCGCAUCCGCUCAGCUAUCCGGGAGCUGCAGCGGCAGGAGUUGGAGCGGGACGAGGAGACAUUGGCAUCCAAGCGCUUCCGCCCAGAACGCAGCAGCCACCGACAGGACAACAAAGAGAAUUGGCCACAGUCCCAGCGCCUGGAAGAGGAGCAGCAGGCAGCCCUGGCUGCCUUGUCUGAGCAGCUCGAAGCUAUCACCAGCGUGGAGGAACUGACAAAACUGCUGCGGGCAGCAGGUGAGUAUGAGGAGCGCAAGCUGAUCCGAGCUGCCAUCCGUAAGCUGCGGGCUGAGGAGAUUGAAGCCGUGACCCUGGCUGGGAAUGUGCAGGGCAACCAAAGGGAUGGCAGCAAUCCCCCCACUGUGCCUGGGGAAAUGAAAAUUGUCCAGAGGGACAAUGCUGAAACACCAGCCCUUACUGGGAGUGAAGAAAGCUGUGGUGAGGGCAGCACCAAGCCUCCAGGCACAGACAAGAGCGGGGAGAGCAGCCAGCAGGACGAUGCAGAGCCAGCACUAGCUGGGCCACAGGAGAGUGGAUACGGGGAGGCUGUGGAGCAGGCCCCUGCCCAGGAGCCCAGAGGCUCUGUGGCCCGCAAACGAGAGGAUGUGGUGGAGCAGGAGCAUGUCCCAGCCGGGAUGCAGGAACUGUGCAGCCAGCAGGCAGGAGACCCUCAGAAACCCAGUGCUCAGGCUGUGGUUUCAGGAACCCUUGUGCUCCUGGAGCUGCAGCCAGCCCCAGAGCCCAAUCCAGAGCCUGAAGAUGGUGAUGAGGACCUGCAGCAGGGUCAGCCCCUGGGGCAGCCCCAGGCAGCCUGGAAAGAAGGGAACCUGGGCAGCCCUGCCAGCGCCCCAGAGCCCAGUGUGGCGCAAAGCCCCAGAGGGGAGCAACUCAUCCCGGGCCAGCCCAGUGCUGGCAGCCAGCUUCAUGUUGGGGUGCACUGCCAGGUGCUGGUGCCAGGCAGGAGACAUGAGAGGCCAUCAGUGGCAUCAGUGCCCACCCAGGAGGUCAUGGGGACCCCGGCUCGCCUGAAUACUCACCGGUGGGAGCUGGUGCCCUCCUCUCUUUGCCUGGCUGGCCCCACGGCGCCGCGCCCCGCGGGACCCCCACCUUCCCCCGCCGCCGGCUCGGUGCGGGAGCGCGCGCAGCGGUUCGGGCCGGCGGGGGCGGGCAGCGCGGGGGGGCGGGCCGGGGCCGGGGCCGGGGCCGCCCAAUGGCAUCGGGGGCCCCGCACGGCCCCGCCGGCGCCCGCUCAAAACGCGCGGGGCAGCGGCGGCGCAGAGCAGCGUCCGGCCCCGCGCCCCGUCGGCUCCCGCCUCGACGCCAUGAAGACCUUCUUCACCAUCGAGAUCAAGGAUGGGCGCGUGCAGCCCCUGGCGCCCCGCAUCACGGCCGCCCCCGGCAGCCAGCGGGCAGAGGUGACUCUGGAUCUGCGGAGCACCCCCAUCCGUAUCACCACCAUCCCCAGCAGCGUCAGCAGCAUCUGCAACAUCAGCAGUGUCAGCAGCAAUGUCACCAAGGACCCUUGCGCCCACUUUGAGGGCACUGAGGAGCCCAGUGGCCCUGUGGCCCAUCCACCCACUUUCUCCAGUACGCGCCAGCAGUCGACCCUGCAUCUCUCCCGAAGCAACAGCAGCAUGGAGCCAGAGGUGGUGGAGCAGCAGAAGUCACCAAGGCGAGAACCACAGCUGCCCAACGGCAUGGAGAAGGCGCAAGUGAAGGAGGUGGAGAGAAGGAGCAAGCUGAAUGUCGAGGAGCUGAGCAAGAUUGAGGAUGAGGAUGUUCUGGAUAAGAUGCUGGAUCGGACAACAGACUUUGAGGAGCGACGGCUGAUUCGAAAUGCCAUGCGGGAGCUGCGCCAGCGCAAGCGAGACCAGCGGGAGAAGGAGCGGGACCAGCGGCUGCAGGAGGCUAGAAGCCAAUCUGUGACAGGAAGGGCUGGCCGUUCCACAGAGACCACCACCACGCAGAGCACUCAGUCAGCCGAUGGCUCAGCAUGCAGCACCGUCACCAAGACUGAGCGUCUUGUCCAGUCUAGUGAUGGCACCAAGACCUCUCGUACUACAACCAUGGAGUCAAGUUAUGUGAAGAGAUCAGACAAUGGCAACAGCACUUUCGUUCAAACUAAAUCAUCCUACAGCUCCUCAUCCAAAAAGACAGGCAGCAUUUUUGACCGUGAAGAUGAGAGCGCUUCUCGGCAGAGCAGCCUGGCUGCACUGGAGCGGCGUCAGGUGGAGAAGAAGAAGGAACUGAUGAAGGCUCAGAGUCUGCCCAAGACGUCGGCCUCACAGGCACGCAAAGCCAUGAUGGAGAAGCUGCAGAAGGAGGGUGGGAGUUCAAACCCUGCAGCAUCACAGACUGCUGUGCAGCGCUCCUCCAGCUUUGGCGUGCCUAAUGCCAACAGUAUCAAGCAGAUGUUGCUGGACUGGUGCAGAGCCAAGACCCGGGGCUAUGAGCACGUGGAUAUCCAGAACUUCUCAUCCAGCUGGAGUGAUGGCAUGGCCUUCUGUGCCUUGGUCCACAAUUUCUUCCCUGAUGCAUUUGACUACAGUAAGCUGACGCCCCAGAACCGCCGCCAAAACUUUGAGGUGGCCUUCUCUUCUGCAGAGACGCUGGUGGACUGCGUGCCGCUGGUGGAGGUUGAAGACAUGAUGAUCAUGGGGAAGAAGCCUGACGCCAAGUGCGUCUUCACCUACGUGCAGUCCCUCUAUAACCACCUGCGUCGCCACGAGUUGCGCAUGCGGCAGAAAGAGUGCUAGAGCGUGCCCUUCCCACCCCCACUGCUGCCCUCACCCCAGAACUGCCUGUGGGCAAGGGAACUGCUUGCCUGGGAGGGUCUGGGGGGCCAUGGGUCUGGCACUGGGGACAGGAGAACUCUUCCACCAGGCCACUCCCACACCUCUGCCUUGGCAGAGCUGCUUCUGCCUCGGCCAGCUGUGGGCAGAGCCAGGUGGGCGCUGCUGGAGAUGCUCCCACCUUGGCUUGCCCCCCACCUUGCUCCAGCCUUUUAAGUUAUUUGUUCUCCAGGAAUUAUUUGCCCUGCAGGGUACCAUCCCUGUGUCCCUGAGGUGUCAUGGGCACAGCUGUGCCCUCAGACUUGGGCCACCUCAUGGGUCUGGAUCAUGCUGCAUCCUGCAGGCAGCACCUGUCAGUGGUUCCCUUGGCCCUCUGCAAGGAAGCCUCUGCCCACUGCAGGCCCUGCUUGGUGUCACCUCCCUGGGGACAGCUCCACAACCGUCCCAACUCCCUGCUUCCCCCCUCCACAUGCACCUGAGGCACUUCCACAUUAGGGGCACCUGUGGCUGGGGAGGAGGUAGCAGCAAGGGGUCCCAGGGGAGUGCAAGAUUAAUGGAGAAGCUAGGACAACUGCCCCCACUCUCCUCUCCAGCUCAGGCCACCCAUGUGCUCAGCGCUGCCCACCCCUCUGUCACAUCUCUACACCUGUGCUGACAUCUGUACCAACACCAGCCAGAUAAUAAAGGUUUAUCUAGGGCAAUGCCUCUGGCUCAGGUCCUUCUGCCAGUGGCAUAUCACACACCCCAGUGCUUGGGGAACGCUGGCAGUGCAGCUGCUGCAGGGCCCUCUACCUGCAACACAACUGCUUACCCAGCCUGGAGGGAACUGGGGCGUGUACUGCUCCUCACCUCAUUGAUGAUGUCCAUAUCUGAGCCACCCUGACCAGGGUUCACUGCCCCCUGUUGGCCCAGGCCUGGCAUAGGGAAAAGAUCCCACAUGGCCAGCAAGGCUGUAGUCAAGUGCAGCUGUGCCUCACUGCCUUCCGUAGCUGAGGGUCAGAUGUCCCCACUGGGCCAAUGCAGCCAUGGGGCUUUGGUUCAACACUGCAGAACUCACUCAUGGUCUCAUGCCCAUCCUCCUGCACCGUGUGAGAACAGCUCAUCCCAUGCUACAGUGCCCACCACCCUCACCCCUCUAUCAUGCUGGGGAGGGGUGGCACAGGAACAGCAGUUGUUCUGUAGCUUGGUAUGUCGCUCACCAGCAGUGACUAUGACUGUGCCAUCCUCUCCUGCCUCUGUGAGAAGCUCUGGGGCACCCAGUUGUGCUU